AUGGCUCCUCUUCCGUCAUAUAAAAAGCCAGUUCCCAAAAACGUCUCCCGCCUACCUUCGCAUCAAGCCGGGCCUUCCUCAAAGCCAGAGGAAGAGACAUUUAAUACCACGGGGCCGAAAUCUCGCGUCGACCACAGUUAUAUCAAUACAGCUGGCGAUCCAAACAAGAAGUUUAAGCGACCGAGUUUUACAACGAGUGGCAGAUCAUCAGAGCCCACUCGAUCGACAAACAUAGCUGGACCUUCGUCGAUCGGUCAUGAGGGAUCGAGGUCCUCGUUAAAAACCUCUGCCCGCGACCUCCGGACUUCUGUCCCUUUUCCGCUGCUCGCUGCAGCUUCAUCUGACUCGCACGGCAGGCCGUCAAUAUCAACGUCGCAGGACACGGCCUCCCUCGCGGAUGAAGACUUUUUGGCUGUCGCUGAGCGAAUCGAUCCGGACCAGGUGAAAAACACCCUCGACACCACCCUCGACCUUGCCGCUAUCAAUCACGCGGCGUCUCCCUCAAGGUCAGACUCUCCCAAGCUGAGCGUUCCUCGUCCGUUCAGCCCGUCAAUCAAUAGCGAUGAGGAUAAUAUUACCGUGGCCAUACCAAAGUCGGCACAAUCACCACCACCACAACCACAAUCACCAUCACCACGUACUCCUGACGUGGUCAUCCCAGAGCCGGUUCGUUCAUUGGCCAAGUCAAUAAAAUCUCCUCGUUGGGCAUCCCGAUCGUCUAGGUCGACAUGUCUUGUACCUCCGGUCAAGAUUGCAGCUGAACCCACAAUUCGGCGGAUGACAAGGUCAUUGGCAAGGAGUUUGCCAGUCGAAGUGUUACCCGCGCCGAACACGUCUGGAAAGGGCCAAGAGACCAAUCUGGACUACGUCACUCCCGCCAAAAAACAGAGGAUCACUCGCUCGGCCUCAAAAGCGGUGCUCACUGUAAACUGCACCAGGAGUGAGGACGAUUUCACCGACGACACGAGGAGUGAGAUCAACGGUGAGGAUGAUGAUGAUGUUUAUUGGGAGGACGACGACACCGGUCCCCACGACAACGACGAUGACGAUGACGAAGAUGUUGAUGACAAUGCCAACAAACCUCCGGCUGAAGACGACUCGGACGAGGGUUCAGAAUUCGAUCCGGUCUCGGACGACGACUCCGAUGAUGAGCUCGGCUUGGACUGCGAUGACGAUGAAGAUCUUGCCGCUAUUGAUGUCGCGAACUCCAGAUCGUCAGUGCCGAAGGCUGGUUCAUCAGAGGCUGGUCCAUCGGGUCGACAAACUCGUUCUGCUCGUCAAGUUUCCACUCCGAUCGAGGGGACUGCACUGGAAUUCCUCCAUACGAAGUUGACGAAUGAAGAAUGGCGACAAAAGUACGCCAGCUGGCUACAACCGCGGGCUGGGCGCAUCAUAAAGGCCAAAUACAACAAGUUUGACCCAGCGUCAUUCAAGUCAAUCGAUGUCUCGGCCCAUAUCGACAACAUCGAUACACAUGAUUCGAGUUCCGGUGUGUUUGAGGGCAGAAUGCGCCAUAUUUUGACCAGAUACAAAGCCUCUGCCGAAGACAAGAUCGCCAACAAAUCUUCGCUUAUCGACAUGACUAGAGCCCGCUCUAUCAAGCGAGUGGAUUCUGAAUCGGAAAUUCGCUUUGUGUUAUCAAACAUGCAUCCAGAUACGAAGCUUGUUCUCGAUCAGCCGAGGUCUACUUUUGGCCUCCAACAAUUGUUACGUAUGGCCCCGGUGUCAAAGAGCGACCUUACCAAAUGGGUCGUUUACAUCGUGAUUUACGAAUUGCCCGACGGCACCGUUUGGCUUUACAUCGGCAGCAGUACAAGCCGCGAGGGUUCCUGGUAUCGGCUCUACAAAACUUACGAAACAGCCGUGCGAUAUCUUGACAAAGGAGUGUUUCACUCCUACUCGCGGCUCAGCGGAGCAGCUCAACAUAUGGUCUUCGCUCCGAAGGGAACCAAGAUGCACGUUCGUGUUUUGUGUUCGUUUGAUAUUCCCAACGAUCCAGCCGAAUAUAUUAGAGUGAAAAAGAUCGUUCUACGAACGGAGGCAAUGUUCAUGGACGACUUCCAAGCUUUCCCGGAAGCUGCACCCGGUGAAACGAUCACGAUCGGUGAACAGAAGAUCUCUAGGAUCGAUAUCAACACGUUCUCUCGUUCCGUCGCCCCUCCUGGAGAAUCGCACAGCUGCCGUGGUGUCAAUCGCAUGCACCCAUUUGCGAUGUCGUUCCAAUCGCGCAGAUCCGUAAGGUCUCGUGCGGAUCGUGUAAAGGCUGCGCUCGCCAAGCAGGGUGGCAUAUGCCGACUGGACGCACGCUCAAUCGGACCCCAUACGCACAUCUUCAUCAAUCGCCUCGAGCACAACGUUCCGGACUACGAUGAUAAUUACGUGUGCGCAUCAUGCCACAUAUGGCGUCGGGACAUGGACGACGAUACCCGUGCAGAAGUCAAGAAAUGCAAAACGAUCGAAGAGCUCGUCGAUAUCCGAACCAUGACGACCAGGUAUAUGGACAUCGACGCUGUCUAUAAACAUUCAACACACUGUGCGAUAUGCGAGAGGCCUUUCGAGUCCAGGCCAGCCAAUGCGAAACACCGCAUAACCAAUAACAUGGGCUUAGGCUUAGGCAAGGGCAAGGGCAAGGGCAAGGGCAAGACCGAGGGGAGGAACGCCGCAAAGAAUCACCCGAGAUGGCGUACGAAGAUCAGGCCAACCGCGCGCCGGUCUGUGCAUUGUCCUCGCAAUAUCGCUAUUUGCUGCACCGAGGACUCCCGCAGUAUCGAGUCCUUGUUGACAAUGGAACGCCGUAAGAAGACUACCGUGCUCAGUUCGUCGACUUGCGAUCUGGCGAGCGAUGUGGGGUUUGCCGAUGCAUUCUUCGGCAAAUGGCAGAAGGCGAAAGGAUCCGGACCUGCGAAAGCUCGCAUGACGCAAAUCUCCUGGCCGGCGGCAUCGAAGUUUCUCAGAAUCUUAAGGCAAAACUGGAUUGUCUCGCAAACGUCUCUUGGCAUGUCUGUAUCCGCUGCGCCAAAGGGAUGAAAAUUCGCACGCAGACGCCGAGAGCUGGAACGGUCACAUGGACAAGGAACAUUUCGUUGUUGGAAAUUCGAGAGGUACUCAGCACUUCCAGAGCAGGAUAUAAGAUGAUUGGCCCAGGGAAGAGAAAAUGAUCUGCAGCGAUGGUACAAUCACCAUAUCUGUCCAAUGUAUUUCGCAUCUCAUGUACUCAGCUAGAUUUGUUGGAUACCCAUAUUGAUUAUCGCGCAAAUGUUCGCGAGCCGUCUUUGCUUCAAAGUUGUGAGAGGAGCGUUUUGUGAUCGAUGGGCACGCG